AUGCUCAAUCAACAAUCUUACAUAAGCACUGGAGAAGAUGAAAUGUUGUUCGAUGACACAACACCGAUUACAUUUGGUGAAAAUAAGAAAUCCAAUUGCAAAAUUAAUAAAACGGACGUACCUGUUCAGUAUCCAAAUGAUGAUAAAUUAUCAACAUUGUUCAACACUACAGGUCGAGAAAAGAAUUCAACAGGUCCUUUGAAACAAUGGCUUUUCGAACAUCAACAACAUCCAUAUCCAAAUGAGACGGAUAAACAAGAAUUGAUGGAAAAGACGAAAAUGUCUCUGUCGCAAAUCACAGUUUGGUUUACCAAUGCCCGUGUGAAAAUGAGAAAAGAAAAUAAAUUGCCGUUAAACUUAUACGCAAAAAAGAAGAAGAAAAAACAACAGUAUCAGCAAGAUGAUUCGUUCCAUCUUGAUGAUACAUUGUCACCACCAUUUUCAGCACAAAAUUUAUCGUUCAAUGAAUUAUCAACAUCGUUUGAUAACGAAUAUACAAGUGACGGUAAUCAUGAUGAUACGUUCACUUCAAAUAUUGUUAUGGUUUGUCCACCGGGAGAAAAACGGAUCGUUUUGGCAUAUUCAUGUCUGAAUAUUGAACAAACUACUGAAGUUUAUCGUUUUGCGUCAUUAUUUCCAAAUCAGAUUGUCUUAUCGAAUUGUGUUGACGAUCGUACAACACACUUAAUUGUUGGCAAUGAAGAAAAGCAAUUAUUAUGUCCAUUGACAAUCAAAGUAUUUCAAGCGAUUGCCCGUCAUUUAUUCGUUCUGACAUAUCGUUGGAUUUCCGAAUGUUUUAAACAAAGUCAACUCAUUGACGAACUUGCGUUUGAAAUACGAGGUGAUAUUCCAUUCGGAGAAUAUCACGAUGGCAUGCGUCAUAGUCGCUUAUCCAAGCAUGCAAAUCUAUUCGAAAAUUGUCAUAUCUUUAUCCUUUGUAACGGUUGUCAAGAGAAAAUGGAUAAAACUGAGCUUGCUUCUUUGAUAACAUUGUGUGGCGGUACACUUUUAAAUACUCUUCCAAUAACAACAUCUAAUGAUUCGUCGAUAUUAACGAUUGUGCUCUGUGAUAAACUACUUCCAUUUCAUUCUUCUAAUCAACAGCAACUAUUCGAAACAUCACGCUCCAAUGGUGUUCACUUUCUCAGUCCUGAAUGGAUACUGGAAUCGAUUGUGCAAUUUGCUUUACAACCAUUUGAUAAUUAUGAAGAAAAGUUUUAA